AUGGCGCAUCCACGACCCUAUCUUUCCCUGUCCGUACGACCAUUCCUUCCAAGACGACCCCGUUGCAGCCGAAUAUAUCUACAAGAUCUUCAAAAACCAUCCAUCGUGCAAGCUCGACUCCAGAGUACCGGCGCAGUCCCUCCAACUCCUCCCCGGCCCAGCAACGAGGCUGUAUCCGACGAUGCAUCACCGGAUCUGUCGCAUCUGGAUCCCCCUCCGGAGGACUAUUCGCGAUUCAUUUUCCAAGACAAAUGUCGGGUGAAAAUGCAUGCUGGCGCUGGGGGACACGGCUGUGUCGCCUAUCUGCGCGAGAAAUACGUCGAAGAGGGACCCCCGAACGGCGGUGAUGGCGGCAGUGGAGGCGGUAUCUACAUUCAGACCGUCGAGGGGUUAAAUAGUCUUCACAAGCUGGCCCGCAGAGGCAUUGUCAGAGCUAGCCGUGGCAGAAACGGACAGGGUAAAAGCAAGGGCGGCAAACGAGGCGAUGACGUCCUCAUCCAGGUGCCUAUUGGUACCGUGGUACGGGAGGUGAGCCGUUAUGACCCCGUCGAGGAGGCAUGGGCCCGCAUCAGGGAGGCCGAGGAGGCAGCCUAUAUAGCCAAGGAGGAGAAGAAAGUUUGGGGAAAUCCCGAUGAUCUUGAAGCCGAAGCCGAAGCCGAAGGUGACGGUGACGGUGAAGGCUUUGGAGGAUUUGAAGGCUUUGAAGAGAAAGAUGACGAGUUCAAUCCUAUCCAGCACGACCGCUGGGUGUUACAUCCAUCCUCGAAACCAUCUGAUUUCCUCAUGGUGCAAUUCCCAAAAUCAUACCCACGACGACAGAAUAUAGCAGCUAUGGAGCCCAAGGGACCGAUUUGGCUGGACCUCUCAAAGCCCAUGGACAAGCCCAUGCUUCUGGCUGCCGGUGGUGCCGGUGGACUGGGAAACCCACACUUUUCUACACGUACAAUGGGACGACCGAAGUUCGCGUCCCGAGGUGAAGGUGGAAUGAUGUUAGAACUCGACUUUGAACUCAAGCUCCUUGCGGAUGUUGGAUUGGUUGGAAAACCUAAUGCCGGCAAGAGUACGCUUCUCCGCUCGUUGACCAACAGUCGGACCCGCAUUGGAAACUGGGAGUUCACGACGCUUUCUCCCAGCAUCGGCACUGUUAUCACCGAUGACAUGAAGGGUCGUCCUCUUGUAGAGUCGAAGGCUCGUCGCACACACUUCACUAUUGCGGACAUUCCUGGUCUGGUGGAAGGCGCGCAUCUCGACCGAGGACUUGGCCUCGGAUUCCUUCGGCACAUUGACCGAGCCGGGAUUCUAGCCUUUGUGGUUGAUCUCAGUCGCGGUGAUCCUGUCGAUGAACUGCAGAAACUCUGGCGCGAGCUUGGAGAGUACGAGCGGAUGCGCGAUGCGAAGCCUGAGUCUGCUGAGGAAGACGACGUCAUCGAGUGGAAUCCAUUCGAGACUGGAAAUGCGGCGAGCGGUAUACCACAGGCGCUUGACCGAUUUGCCCCUAUAUCGAAUACCAACCCUGAUGGCUCUCUGCCUCCUCUGGCGAUGACGCCUCUUCAUCUGAAGCCAUGGUUUGUUGUGGCCUCCAAGGCAGACCUGGAGAAUACCCAAGCACAAUUCCAAGCCUUGCAGAAGUAUUUAGCUGGCGUCCAGAAUGGCUCGAUCGAGCACCCAUCUGGUCAUGAACGGGGGUGGAAGGAUAAAGUGUGUGUUGUCCCCGUCAGUGCUAAAAGAGGCGAAGGUGUGUCUCGAAUUCCUAAGUUGGUGAUGGAUCUUCUUGAAUGA